AUGGCGCAGACCCUCCACAUAGCCGUCUUCAACACCGACAUCCCCGUCCCCAACGUCUCCACAGAACGCGCCUCCAGCUACGGGCAAAUCUUCCACGAACUACUCACAGCAGCCGCAAAGCACAGUUCACCGGACACCACAAUUCAGUCUACAGAGUACGACUCACGAAAGGGAGAGUAUCCAGCGUCGCUCGACGAUGUGGAUUUGAUUCUCAUCACCGGCUCCAUCAACUCGGCCUACGACGACAUUCCCUGGGUGCACCGACUCGAGCAGUACAUCAUCGAUGCGUACCGGGACUCACCGUGGGUGAAGUGGUUGGGCAGCUGUUUUGGACAUCAGUUGAUAUGCCAGGCGCUGCUCAAGCAGUACGGUGUACGCGUCGAUGCGGAUGAGCGGGGGUGGGAGCUGGGCGUCAAGACAAUGACCAUGGACUCGAAAUUCAGGAACGACUUCGCAAAGUGCCCAACGAGUGCUGGAGGGCGGGGGAUGCAGGUGCCGGAGAAGCUGAGGUUGCAGUUUGUGCACGGCGAUUUCGUCGUGGUUCCUGAUCUCGAGAAGCUGCCGCGUUCGUGGUCGGUUAUUGGCAGUACUCCGUGGUGUGCUAACCAGGGGAUGUAUCAGACUGGGAGAAUCCUCACGUUCCAGGGGCACUUUGAAUUUGACAGAUUCGUGAAUAGCGAGACCAUUAAAACGUUCUUUGCGACAAAGACCCCAGAGUGGUUGGAGGAGAGCCUAAAGGCGGCGAAUGCGGAUGACGACGCGGGAACGGCAGCGGAGAUGGUGCUGCAAUUUAUGAUGCAGGAAACGCCGACUGAGCACGGCAAGACAUAUGACACGAUUGGUGGGCUGGCAACGCCUCCUGAAGAAGAAGUAUGA